CCACUUCACACAGCCAAGCAAGUGGCCGUGCGAUUCAGAGGUUCAGGCAUGGCAGCUCCGAGAGCACUUGUCCUCGCCGUCCUGCUGGCGAUCGCCGUCGCCAACGCGGAGGCAGCGUCAGUCGUCGUCGGCCUGGCCAAGUGCGCCGACUGCACCAGGAAGAACAUCAAGGCUGAGGAAGCCUUCAAGGGUCUCCAGGUGGCGAUCAAAUGCAAGAACAUCGACGGCGAGUACGAGAGCAAGGCGGUGGGUGCCCUCGACGGCACCGGCGCCUUCAGCGUGCCCCUCGCCGCCGAUCUCCAUGGCGCCGACUGCGUCGCACAGCUCCACAGCGCCGCCUCCAACGCACCGUGCUCCGGCCAGAAGCCAUCCAAGAUCGUGCCGGUGUCCGAGGGCACCACCUUUGGUGUCGUGGCCGGCGCCAAGACGGACACGGUGGCAUCGCCAGAGUGCGCGUCCGCGACCCUAUGCGGACCAAUCAAGAAGCACAUCAUCGAGCACUUCCACCACAAGAAGCUCGUGCCACCCAAGCCGGAGCCCAAGCCCCAGCCCCACCCUGACUACGGCCCCGUGCCCAAGCCGGAGCCCAAGCCGCAGCCCCACCCAGACUACCACCCCGUCCCUCCCACGCCUACCUACGGCGGCGGCGGGGGAUACCACGGACACCACUGACUCCGAUAUACCAUCAUCGGGCACAACAGUGAAAUUUCAUGCCUUGUUGUUAUCAGGGAGUGAGUGACGUUGCUAUUUAUGUGCGCGGGUUAGCUUGGUCUUAUUAUACCCCUGCGUCCUAAAAUUCUUAUCUUAGAUUCGUCUAGAUGCAGAUGUAUCUAAUACUAAAACGUGAUUUGAUACAUCCGUAUUUAGACAAAUUUAAAACAAGAAUUUUGGGACGAAGGAAGUAUCAUAUUCAGAAUAACAGUUGUGAGGGAUAAGUAUGUGUGUCAGGCAAAUGUACAGGUGAUGGGUCAGUUUUUACAAGGUUUGUAAUAUUGAAUUUUUGUAAUGAGAAGUUCCUAUAUCUGAAUCAAA